GGGCCGGCCGAUCGCGGCGGCAGGGGCGCGCUCAGGGACCCGCGGCGUGCCCUGUCCGACAGUCGGCGCGCCUGGCGCAGCGGCCCCGGCCGGCGACAGGCGCCCGUUCCGAUCCCAGCGCCAGUUGUGGACAGAACUGACGGCCGAGUGGAGGUGCCAUGCUGCCGCGCCGCCGCUCCGCCCCGGCCAGCUCGGCCGCCGGCUCCACCCCGGCACCCGCCGGCGAGGGCGAAAAGUGGUGGCCUGGCGGCAUCCCAGUUCGUCCACGAGGCUCCCACUACUCUGGGAUGGAGUUUGCUGACUUCAUCCGCACACCCAAGUGUGACCGAGUGGUGCUACACCAGCCGCUGUGCCCACCUCUGGAUGGGACUCUCUGCAUCACUGGACAUCACUUCAUCUUCUCUUCCAGACAAGAGGAGGCACAGGAGGUCUGGGUGCUGCACCGGAUGAUCGAUGGUGUCGAGCGGCGUCCAAACGGCAUGAUGGGCGGCGCCGUGGCCGUCAAGUGCAAGGACCUGCGCGUCCUCGUGCUCGACAUCUACGGAGUGGAGGAGUUCAACAACAUCGCCCACACGCUGGAGACGCUGUCCAACGUCGACGACAUUCGGCUGGCGUACCCGUUCUUUUUCCGCUCAAAUCUGGGCGGCGAGGACGACUGGUCCGAGUUUUCCACCGAGCACGAGUUCUCCAAGCUGAUUCUGAGCAGCGACGAGUGGCGCAUCAGCCACCUCAACAGCGACUUCAAGGUGUGCGAGAGCUACCCGCGCAGUGUGGUGGUGCCCAGCUCCGUCACCGACGAGGAGCUGAUCCGUGUGGCGCUGUUCCGACACGGCGGACGCUUCCCCGUGCUCAGCUACCGACACGACAAGGGCUCGAUCCUACUGCGCAGCUCCCAGCCAAUGACGGGAAACCAGCGCCGCUGCCGAGAGGACGAGAAACUCAUCAACGCGGCGCUCGGCUCCAGUGGACAGAAGGGCUACAUCAUCGACACCAGGACGCAAAACCUGGCCAUGUCAGCCAAGAACCGCGGCGGUGGGUACGAGCCGGAGAGCCACUACCCGCAGUGGCGGCGCGUGCACAAGCCGAUCGACCGUCAGGCGGCGCAGCUGGACUCCCUGCAGCGCCUGGUGGACGGUCUGAGCGACACUGCCCAGGGCAUGGACCGCUGGCUGGGCAGGCUCGUCUCCUCCAACUGGAUGUCGCACGUCAAGGACACGCUCAACUGUGCCUGCUUGGUGGCCCAGUGUCUUGACCAGGAGGUCACCUCAGUGCUGGUGCACGGGGCGGACGGUAUGGACUCGACACUGCAAGUCAGCUCUCUGGCCCAGCUGAUCCUGAACCCGGACUGUCGCACCAUCCGAGGGUUCCAGGCGCUGGUGGAGCGCGAGUGGCUGCAGGCCGGCCACCCGUUCACCUCGCGCCACCGGCACUCGGUGUUCGCGCCGGCCGCCAGCCGCGACCGCUACCAGGGCGUGGCGCCCUCGUUCCUGCUCUUCCUCGACUGCGUCUGGCAGGUGACCAACCAGUUCGUCACGUCGUUCCAGUUCAACGACGCCUUCCUGCUCGACCUGUUCCAGCACUCGUACGCCUCGCAGUACGGCACUUUCCUGGGCGACAACGUCUGUGAGCGCGAGCAGGUGCAGCUGCGCGAGCGCACGUGCAGUCUGUGGUCGCACAUGAACAGCGUGGAGGUGCUGCCGCGCUACCUGAACCCGCUCUACGAGCCCAACAAGCGGGUCAUCUGGCCGAGCGUGGCGCCCAUGAGUCUGACGCUGUGGCCGGGCCUCUACCUGCGCUGGACGGUCGACCUCAGCGCGCAGCGCGCCGCACUAGCCAGGGCGCACGAGAUUCACGCGGAGCACGGUCAGCUGCGCGCCAAGGCGUCCAAGCUGCGGCGCCGGCUGCAAGAGCUGCAGCAAGAGGCCGUGCGCCGGGACCUGCUGCAGCUGGCGGUCUCACCGGACGCCAACUGAGCGCGGGCGGUCUGCAGCGGACGGUCAGGAACUGUCAGCGGUCGGUCUGGGACGGCGGGGCUCGGCCGGGACCCACCUGUCCGGCCUGUGGACGGGACGGGGUGAUCUCCCGGGAGAGCGGAGCGCGUCCGACGGGCGGCUUCCGUUGGGGGGUGGGGAGGGGAGACUGCAGGCGAUUGUGAGGGAUGCAGAGGUCGCUGUCAGCGGACGACCAUCCGUCAACCAUCACACGACCAUCGUUGGACCAAAUGCGGACCCGGUCUGUUGGUGGACCAGCGUUGAACCAUCUGAACCAUCGUUAGACCACCAUCAGGCUUGGUCUGUUGGUUGACCAUUUGUGAACCGUCGUCGGACCACGUUGGACCGUCGGUGGACCACCAUUAGAUCUGGUCGGUCGACGGACAACCGUCGAUUCACUAUAAGAAUGUGGUUGUUGUCCUCCGUCGGACGUAUCUCCCUGCGUUUCAGUUUGGACUGAAGUCUCUGGCGGGUGCGGACCGCAGCCAAUCGCAGUGAGGACGGCGCCCAUAGGCCCCCUGGUCUGAAGGAUGGGUCGUCAGGUCUUUAGGUCCGGUCGUACCCAAGAUCUUAAGGUCCCAGUGAGGGUCGAACCCCAGGUCUCCGGGUCCCGGUGUGCGCCGGACCCACAGGUCUCGGGUGCCGCGCCCGCUCCGCGCGCGGUCCCGAGACCGGGGUGCGUCCGGCCACUCCCACCUGUGGUGAGGGGUCUGACAGCGAGUCGAGCCCUCUGCGAGCCCGAACAGCCAGCCCCGCCCUCCGCCCGGCAUUGUUAGGCACAUCGGUGGUCGCUUAUUAUCGUUAAUCGUUGCAUUGUCUGUGGUAUCGCGCUUGUCGGCUGUUAUUUAUGAAGCUGAUCGAUGUUAUAUGUAUCGUUCGCCAUGGUAUCCCGAUGUGGCGGUGUGUGUGCAAUGGAUGGUCUCGUUUUACGUUUUUCAGACUUCCUGCGAUACGCGGCUGCUGCUGUCUUUAUGCACUGUUUCUGAGUGAGCUGAUGGGAUAUGAUGUGGACGAGGGGACCACUUCCUAUGUCAGUUUGAUGUCGGGAUGUCUUUUGGAAGUUAUUCCAGAGUUUGAUGAGCACCUCACAAUCGUUUUAAAACCUUCAAAUCUCAACACAACUGCACAUUUGAACACACGCACGCACAUGCGCACAAAUGACAACAGACGCCCGCAUUUACACGCAUUUACACAAACACGCCCAACACGCAUAUGGAUCCACAUCUGGAACAUUAAUCACUUUUCCCCGGCUUUAUUCAAUUUUGCCUCGAUCCGACCGUAUGCAUUCAAUCCCAGUGUUAGAAGGACAGUGCUGUGAUGUUUUCCACUGCUGUUUGAUGUUCCCUGUGGCUUUAUCUAGCCGCCGAUAGUAUGGGACAACCUUUUCAGACAUCUUCCCAUUCCCGGACACCGUCUCGGUGAUUUUCCACAGAAGUUGCCAUGCUGGGACCGUGGCUUUGUUCACAGUUACACUGUGGACUGAUCAGCUCUCUCAGGCAUGCUAUCGGCACGGUGCGUCAUAUUAUAUUGCAAUGAUAAAGCGCGGUGAGACAGAGAGCGUCCCUGUGUUUGUGCCGUGUCAUGUUGGGGCCGGCGGUCGGUGCGUGUGGACCGGAGUGCGAUCUGAGCUGGUCUGUCCUGUCGCGAGUCUGCACUAUUUAUCAGAGUGGAGAGGCUCUCUGUGCGUCAUGUACCCUGUAUACCCUCUCUCCGUCUGCUCGCACUUGUCUGUUUUCUGAGCGGCCCGGUAGUGGGGUGCUGAGUGCCGGUCGGACCACUGACAACGGACCAUUAUGUGGUGGUCUGUCAGAUGCAGGGAGCCCAUAAUCGACAAGUAUAUCAAUACAAAGAGUCACAGCUGA